CAGCACAAAUAGCACAGCUGAACUUCAAAACUGGAUAUUCCAUACAAAGACAAGGUAACUGCAUUGGACAUGUUACGUGGUGCCUCCUAGUUUGGAUGAGGGGGACACUGGACACAGUGGUUGCUGAAGAUAUCUGCAAAUCUGAUUCCUCUUUGAAAACAGGCUGUAGAGUUCUCUUCAGGUUGUGGCAUGUGGGUUGAGUGGUCUACUAGGGUGCUGGGGCAAUGGCAUUGAUUGGCUUUCUGGCUGUGGCAGUAUGUGGAUUGGUGGUUGCCAAAGGCGAUCAGUUGAAGCAAGCCCACACACCUUUGCUGCCCCAUCGGCCAUUUGUGGUCCUGUGGAACGCGCCUACUGAAUCCUGCCGUCUUCGAUUCAAGGUGGAUUUGGACCUUAGUGUCUUCGACAUUGUUGCUAAUCACAACGAGACCCUGAGUGGCCCCAACGUGACCAUCUUUUACCACAGCCACCUGGGUUACUACCCUUAUUACACCAGCUCUGGAAUUCCCAUUAACGGGGGUCUUCCUCAGAACCAAAGUCUGAGCAAACACCUCAGCAAAGCUCGAGCUGACAUUGACAAGUUUAUACCCUACAAAGACUUUCAUGGUUUGGGCGUCAUCGACUGGGAAAACUGGCGACCACAGUGGGUGCGCAACUGGGGCUCUAAAGACAUCUACCGGAACAAGUCCAAGGAGCUUAUAAGGAAGUUGCAUCCAGGCUGGCCACAAAGUAAGGUGGAGAAUGAAGCAAAAGAGCUUUUUGAGAGAGCUGGACAAGUGUUUAUGAAUUCAACACUUCUACUGGCAGAGAGUCGGCGACCACAUGGUCUAUGGGGUUUUUACCUCUUUCCUGACUGUUACAACUAUGGUUACAAGGAGCAUCCGUUGCGUUACACUGGCGAGUGUCCUAAUGUCGAGCAUGUACGUAAUGAUCACCUGAUGUGGCUUUGGAAAGAGAGUACAGCCCUCUACCCUUCAAUCUAUCUUGACUAUGAGCUCAUGUCUUCUCACAACACAGUAAAAUUUGUGCACUACCGUGUGAAGGAGGCCAUGCGGGUUGCCUCAAUCGCCCGGAAUGACUACACAUUGCCCGUUUUUGUCUACUCUAGGCCUUUCUACGCCUACACAUUUGUCGUACUGUCAGAGAGUGACCUGGUGCACACCAUAGGGGAGAGCGCAGCACUGGGGGCCGCUGGAGUUGUCCUGUGGGGGUCAUCUGAAUAUGCAAGAUCUCAGAGUAACUGCUUGACAGUUAAGAAGUACAUUGAUGGUCCACUGGGGCACUAUGUGAUCAAUGUGACCUCAGCCGCUAAGCUCUGCAGCAAGGCUUUGUGCAAGAAGAAUGGCAAAUGUGUCCGUAAGAGUCUGGACUCUGGAGCUUAUCUGCACCUCAACCCUCGAUUCUUCAACAUUCGCCUCAACCGAGCCAUCCGUGGACCGCGCUUUCACGUCAGUGGACACCUCAAUAACCUUGAUAUCCUGGACAUGAAGCAAAAGUUUACCUGUCAGUGUUACCAGGGCUGGACCGGCAUCUACUGUGAGAUGCCCCAGGUAGCAGAGCCUCUUCCUCACAACCCAAGGGACAGUGUCCUGGGAGAGCUGCUGGUCGUCCUGUCUCUGCAUUUCUCCUGUCUGUCUGUCAUUAUGUUUCUGGGUUUUUGUCUCAUAAUUAAGUGUCUGAUACUGUAAGAUAGAUUUAUUGCAUAUGUUACAUAGGACAUAAUAUAUUGAACUGCAUUUUGCAUAUUGUAUGUCUUUAACCAUAUUUUAAUUUGGUCACCAGGUUGUACAAUAUUCUGUAUAGUCUCAUGUCUAGGCUGAAGUGAGUCAUAAGGAGAGGUGGAGGGUGUUUGGCUUUGCAGAAAAGUUUAAAUUAGCUAAAACAAAAAUAUAUGUUUAUUUUAAUUUUUUCAGAGCUUGUAAUUUUUGGAAGGAACUGACUGUUUUUGCAGAGAGUUAAAGGAAUAGUUGACAGAAUAAUUAAAAUUCUGGACAUCAAGAUUUUUGAUAAACAUUUAUUCGAUCAUAUGCCUUCGUAAGUCUUGAGAUAUGAUGGACGAGUCACAUGGACUACACUUGUGACGCUUUUGGUCCUGUUUUAAGCUUUAACAUGAGUCACUAUCAACUGCUAUUGUAUUGAAAAGACAAGCUGGGAUAUUCAUUAAUGUAAUUUUAUGUUCUGCACAAGA